CAACGACCUUCUCUUCUGCUUCGCCUCCUCCUGAUCCUGGCCGGGCGAGCCGGCGCACCCUGCACGCCACGAGCCAGGGGGCGUCGUGCUCGCCUGUGGCAGCAUCUCCUCCCGCGGCGUGGUGGGCUAUCGAUGGAGGGGCACAUGCGCGGAACGAGGACGGCCUCGUUGCAGGGCACGCGCCGGGGACGAUAAGGCCUAGGCAGGGGGGGCUCGUGAAGGGGUUGACCGGCUGCCUGGGGGUAGGGGGGCUUGGAACGUUAGGGUCUGAUAGGGAAUGGGACGAAGAGGGCGAGGAGUCGGACGCGAUGCUCUGGGCUGAAUAAGUGGGGAAGCUUCACCGGAUCGAGCGCACGCUGUUUCCCAUGGGCUGCCAGGAUGUCGUGGAGGUGUAUAUAUACGGCGCGGCUGCGUCGAGACUGGACGUGAACUCUGCGCUUGCUGUUUACUCGAACUCUGCGCCCAGAGCGAACCUCCAAGGCGACAACGGCGACCGAGACAGCGAUCGACAGGCGCGCGGAGAUUACGUCACAGCCGGUGUAUUUCGGAGUCCGCCCAUACUCCGGCGCAGCUGAGUGGAGCGGAGUGCAAAAGGUAGGGGAUAGAGGAGGGGCGGGAGGGGAGGACGCUCAGCAACUGACUACCAUUUGCCAUCUCUGCCUGGAAUCUGAAAUCGCCGCUGCUUCUUCAAGCCCAAGGCUUCUGCCCGUCGCCCAUCCCGCUCGACAGAGCCUCCCGUCCCCUUCCCCUGCUCGCACAUCGCCCUCCAUCCACCAUGCUGCCCGCCAAGCGCAACAAGGUCGACCUCAGUAAACUCACGGAGGAGGAGCAGAAGCUCUUCCGCCUCUACGGCAAGCUCCCGACGCACAAGAAUGUGCUCACGAAGAUGCAGAAGGAUCGGAAGUACUUUGACUCUGGGGACUACGCCCUGAGCAAGGCCGGAAAGGCGCCGCAGAACACCGUCGGCACCGCCAUCCCCAGUCCCGAGAACAUCCCCCACGCCACCUCUCCCCCGGUGCACCAGGCUCUCUCUGUGUCGCCGACGAACUCGAACAUGACCCAGAACCCCGCCAAGGAGAGUUCGCUCGCGGAAUCAGAGCCCGCCGAGGACGAUAUGGUCGAGCAACCUGAGGCGGAGGAGGAGGCAGCGUUGGAGGCCGAACGUGCCUAACAUGCUGAGGCCUACGCCGCGCGCAUCCCGCCCCACUCUCACCUUUCUUGCCUGCGUGCGCGUGCCAUAGCAACUGCGCCCCACCCGCCGCUCCACGCCGCCCGCUGACCGGAGCACCUGACGUGCGCCCCUCUCCCCCAUCGCUCCUCGGCUUCCACAUCCGCUCCCGUUCACGCGCUCUCCCUCCCGUCACGUCCCCAAAUGCACCGGAACCUGCCUGCCACGUCCCGUAUCCAUAUUCAUUGUAUCACACCUCGGUCCCCCCAUCAUCGCGUCACGAUCACCGCUGUCACCUCUGUCGUCUAUCUACCUGCCUGUACUGGAGCAUAUACACUACUUGCACCCGGAUCGUAUGCAGGGGGCGCGUACGGAUGCAUGGGUAAGAUCGCGCGGAGCUUUCGUCUUCUCCUGCCUCCGUGUUCCCCUCUUUCUCACCUGUUCCAUGACUCCUUCUGCGCUCCGUCCGCAGGCCUGUCCCUGCCUGCAGCGCAUGUUGGGGUGGGGAGUGAGAGUGCAUGCUCGGGAGCAGAGAGAAUCAUGGAAGCCGUACUCCGUCAUCCAAUGGCCGCAGGUCAACUUCGAUUCGGCCGUAUCCGCGCCCCCGCUGCUUUUUCCCAUCCACCCUCAUCCACC